CGGUGUCCGUGUGCGCGCAGGCUCAGUUCGCUCGUCUCCGCUCUUUUAUUUACUCUCUCUCAUCUAAGAUGGCUGUUCGGAGCUCUUGAGUCCCCCGAGCGAAGCGACCGAGGAUGCUUGCGCCUCCAAAAUCAACUUUCACCCGGCCAUCCCUUCCCAUGCGCACCCCGUAAGGUGCGGAGGGCACUCUAGCAUCAGUACUGCCUCCGAACGCCCCGUCCAUCCGGCGUGAAGCUCUUUAAAUCAAGUUGUUUGGCGAAGUCGAGCCUCGCCACUGAGUGUGAGUGAGUGACUGAGUGUCCAAGAACACUGAACAUCCAAAUGGCCGAACCGAGAAAAGUGCAGUUUGUCACCCUGUCGGCCCAGGCCGGCGGUCCGGGCGCGGAGGGCAGGAGACGGCGGCUGGAGGAGGACGGAGCCGCCGAGACGAGUUUUGACCGAGAGGGCAGGAUGAAGAUGACGGGGACCGGGGUAACGACAGCGGGUGACCGCGGGGGUUUGAUCGAGAAGAGAGACGGCGAAGAGCCCAAAGGGAAGACAGUGCGCCUCAACCUGUGUCUGUUUGAGCCUAACGAGCAACGCUCGGCCGAGUUCAACUACAGCGAGCUCAUCCAGUCUCAACAGAUGAGAGAUGGAGAGGAACCACUAAUAAAAAGAAGGAAGAAGAAAGAUGGAACCAGUAUAGAGGAGAAAAAACCCAGGAAGAACAAAGUAGCCAAACAAGGAGUGGCUGGUCUGAGCCUUCAUCGUCCUGAGAAGAAGAAGAGGAAGAAACUGAUGAAGGAUUCGCUCUGUCUGGCUGCAAUGCUCCGCCGCUUCACACGAGAGAAGGAAGACAUGCGGAAACGAGAUGUCAGUGCUUCUCAUCCGGGCCCUGGUCUCACCAGCCCUCCCAACUCUAACAACCUACUGCAGAACUCCCAUCUCCAAGGCAAUGCCAACAACAAUGACCUUUCACUAGCUGACCUGACGGCUGACCCCGGCAUGAUGUCAUUGCUUAGUUCGGCCAAUGAAAGCGAGCUUCAGAAUCUCAUGUGUGACCUGGACUUUAGUUUUUUAGAUGCAGGGCCCCAGAUGCCCCCUUCAGGCAGAGAGAAUGGGCAGGUUGCGUUGGGUUCAACAAUGGGGCAAAAGAUUGGAGGAGGGGGACUGAAUCGAGGGCAGGGCGGGCUCAUCUCUUUUCCACCUCUCCCCGAUGGUCUUCCAGCCCCCUUGAUCAAGCGCAUAGAAGACCUUCGAGCUGCAUCGAGGCAAUUUGAUCAAGCAGGCAGAAAGAAAUUCUUCACUCUGGAUAUGAAUAAUAUCUUGCUGGAUAUUGAGCUGCAGGUUCAGGAGCAGCCGGCAGGCAUGCGUUCAGAGGUGUACUCUCACCUGGAGGCCUUUGUGCCCUGCAACAAGGAGGCGCUACUAAAACGACUCAAAAAACUCAGCCUCAACAUACAGGAUGACCGGCUGCACACACCCUUGUUAAAGCUCAAACUAGCCGUGUGCAGCGUGAUGCCAGAGCAGAUCGCCAGAUAUAACAUGGACUGCAUGGCAAAAGCUGCUGCUAAGCAGCAGAUAGAAAAUGGAGAGAAGAAUGGAUCGGAGGAUGAUGAUGAAGAGAAACCAGGAAAGAGGGUGGUCGGACCAAGGAAGAAGUUCAUAUGGGAUGACAAACUCAGGACUCUGUUGUGUAACCUGGUGCGUGUGAAGCUGAGCUGUUAUGAGCUGGAGCAGUGCUCUCUGUCUGUGGAGGACUAUCUCAAAGCCUUCAUGGAGAAUGAAGUCAAGCCACUCUGGCCCAAAGGCUGGAUGCAGACAAGGAUGCUUUUUAAGGAAAGUCGGGCAGUACAUGGUCACCUCACUGGCCUGGGCAAGAAAAGGAUUGUUCCAACUCCAAAAGCUGCCAAAAUGACGGAUGUCAGCUGGACACAGAGACCCGCUCCAGGUGUUGGAUCCACCUCUGCCUUACCUGCCCCAGCGUGCAGACCGCCCUCUGAACCCAUCUGCCUCUCAGAUUCACUGGACGAGGAUCUGGCUGCUAACUCUCUGGACUCCAUUUCCCAAGCUCUCGCUCUCCUCAGUAAUGCUGCCAAGGGUCUGACGCCAAACAAUGGCGUUCCUGCCGCCUCUUCUCCCGGUGUCCCCAGAUCCUCUUCUGGAGUCGGCCACUAUUCUUCUCCUCUGUCGCAUUCCACCCUUUCAGCAAAAAUGGUGUCUUCUGGAAUCUCUAUGGCAAAUAUGAGCACUCUAUCUACCUCUUCUUCCCUCUCCUCUCCGCUCACCUCGUCUCCUUCCUCUUCCAUGCGAAUUGAGACCUUUGGGAUGCUAAAGGAUGGGGGGCCUGUGCAGAGACUAUUGGGAACGCCCACUCACAGAGCUGGCAUUUCAGGAAUGAACACGUCGCAGUCUGCAAAACCCCGUCCGCCCCCUACCACCUCGCCCCUCUUGCCUCCACAGCAGAGGUCAUUUGGGACAAUGGGAGUGAAAUUGGUUCAGACUCCGCCCCCUGUUGGACAAACAAAAAACUGCGCUAACAAAUCCACUACUGGUGGCGGUACUGUGGUUUCCCAGCAUCCUCGUAUGAACACUCAUCCCUCACAGAUGAACCCCAAGAGCCCUCAGCAGUCUCCUCCUCCAACCCCUUCCUCUCCUUCCACCCUUCUCUCACAGGCUAAGACUCCCUCAUUGCCACACAACCAGUCAAACUUCAUCACGCCCAUGCAGGCUACGCUCACCAAGUCUUCCCACAGUAGUAGCUCUCCCAUCAUCAAACUCACACCGCGACCCCCUGCCCCUACUCCUCCUCCUUCAUCCUCACCUUCGCCUUCAUUAUCUCCCUCUCUCACCCACCCCAGGCCUCAAAUGAUCCCCAGCUCGCACCAAUACAGCCCCAAGAUUCCAGCCUUCAGGCCGCCGUUUACCGGGCAAGGAACCGCAGUGGGAUCCGGAGUCAAAUCUGGAUCAGGACAGGCCAGUUACAGUUUUGCAGGUGGACACAAAUCCAGUAGUCCGCCCAGUGGUGGCGCAAACACCACCAGCACCGCCCUGAUUGCCACACCCCUGUCUUCUAGAUGCCAGGAUGGUAGCUCCUCCCCUUCAGUAGUAUCAGCCAAUCACAGCCAGCGGCAAAGGCCAGUGGGAGGGACUAGUCAGAGUGCCAAGUCUUCAACGAGUCGGGCAUCAGCCAUGACCCUGCCCUCUCCUCCGGUCUCCUCUCAUCUGUCACAGGUGUCUUCAGCUUCAGGAAGUAAUCUCUUGGGCUCAGUGCCCCCUUCCCUCCCCCUGGGUUUCGGGAUGCUCGGGGGUCUAGUGCCUGUUUCUCUGCCCUUCCAGUUCCCCUCAUUCCUCAACUUUAACCCUCCAGGCACUGGAGUUCCUGGCUGCAGCAACAUGGGAGCUUCACCCGCUACCAACUCAGGAUACACCCUGGCACAGAAUCUGUUUAAGAGUCUUCAGCCAGGGUCUCAGGUUGCUCUACCUCCCCACUUGCAGCUUGCGUUCUCAGAUGCAAACCAAAGUCAGGGGGGAGACACGAAGAGGAAGUCCCACUGACGGUCACCACCAGAAUGUACAAGUGGACAGCGCUGGCGACAGGUGUUUUCGGGUUCUCGUGGAUGGACACCAAUUGCGCUUUCAUUCAGACAGAACUUCAUUAAUGACCCUUCUUCAGUUAACAUCAUUCUGCUUUUAAUCGAUCAGUGUUCUGGAUGAUUGGAGUGAGCUUGGUGCAUUUUAAUUGUUUUUUUGUUUGUCAACAUGUUUACACAAGACCUUAAUCACUGUGGACAUAGAGCUAGAGGAAGUGAGAGGAGUACGAAACAAAGCAACAUCAUUUCUAUUUAAGUUCAUGUCGGCUGGAAACAUGCAUUCCUGUAGUUAUUUUCUUAGUAGAUUUUUGUUGAACUCCUAAAGGGAUGGGAUAGCCGUUUCCUUCUACAGACUGUUAGAAUAGUAGCUGUUAAUAAUACAUAUGGGUAAAUUAUUUAUAAUUUUUUGACAGGGACAUAUGAUGUUUAAGUGUAUUAGUAGAAUAAAAUGGGUAUGUAUAUAAAAUACACAUUAAUAUUAAGUGAUAUAUUUUCUUUGGAGGUCAGGACAUGUGAUGUUCCUCUCAUCUGUGCGUGCAGAUGUCUUGCUGUCUUUGGUGCUGCGUAUCUCACUGGACCUUGUGAAAGAAAA